AUGUUCAUUAAAUCCGAAACUUUAGAACUGAAAGAGGAGGAGGAUAUGCUGGUGCUCUUGGGUUCGUCCUCCCCUUCCUCAUCCUCCCUGACUCCUCUGACUUCCAGCUCCGAAGAAGAGGAAGAGGAUGACUUGGACGCGUCAUCUCGAGGGCGGCUGCCGAGGUUGUCUGAAGCUGAGCAAGCCUCUGGAGGAGGAGUCGGAGGAGACGGAGGGGGUGGCGGCGGAGGGGGGGGAGAGGAGUGCAAGCCCGGGACUCGCCUUUUGAGCAUGGUACACGAGUGUAAACGACGACCGAAUCGUGCCCGGGGGAGCUCCCGAGGCGCCAAGACUGCGGAGACGGUGCAGCGAAUCAAAAAGACUCGGAGACUCAAGGCCAACAACCGUGAGCGGAAUCGCAUGCACAACCUGAAUGCAGCGCUGGACGCACUGCGCGAAGUGCUGCCCACAUUCCCUGAGGACGCCAAGCUAACCAAAAUCGAGACGCUGCGCUUCGCCCACAACUACAUCUGGGCUCUCACCGAGACCCUACGGCUGGCUGAUCACUGCGGGGGCGGGGGCCCCGGCGGCUUGCCUGAAGGGCUAUUCUUCGAGGGCACAGUGCUGUUGAGCCCCGGCGGGGGAAACGCGGUCCUCAGCAGCUGCGGCGCGGAUAGCCCCUCAUCCGCCUCCACGUGGAGUUGCAGCGACAGUCCAGCAUCCGCCUCCUGUACACCCUCCAGUUCCACUUCGCCCUACAACUGCACUUUAUCUCCUGCCAGCCCGGCUAGCUCAGGUGGUGGCUCUGACUUGGACUACUGGCAGCCCCAGCCCCCAGACAAACACCGUUAUGCACCUCUGCACUCCAUAGCCAAGGACAGUAUAUAA